AUGUACGUACUUUACAAGCAUCUCCUGUUAAUCGGGCUUGCGCUCCUGCGAUCUGCGCAAGCUCUCCUCCACCCAUGGCCGGCGCUUCACCGCCGCGAGCUUGAUGAGGCAACUCCAGUGAUGGGCAACAGCGCUGGCAGUUUAUCCUCAGAAACUGAAGCAUUUAUAGACCACCAGACUGUGACCCUCCCUUUGGAUCACUUUGGAAAUAAUACUGCUACUUUCAAUAAUAGAUACUGGGUAUUGGAAGAGUUCUACAAGCCUGGAGGCCCGGUGUUUUGUCUGCUCCCUGGACAGAAAGAUCUAGCCCGCGAGUUUAAUGCCAUGGUGAUCUUGUGGGAACAUCGGUAUUAUGGCCGAUCCACGCCCUAUGAUAUCACCAACAACACAACGCCGGAGCAGAUGCAGUAUCUAACUACCGCCCAAGCACUCGCUGACCUUCCGGUACACCUCCCUCUACGUUGUAUGAUAUUAAUUCCACUAAUGAUAUAUAAUGCAUGGGCAGGUAUUCGCCCGCACCUUCGAGCGUCCAAACUGGCCCCUUAUCCCUCUGACCCCGACUACACCCCUUGGGUUAUCUUUGGCGGUAGCUACUCAGGCACGCGGGCAGCUUUUGCCCGCGCCAAAUACCCCACCACUUUCCUCGCCGCAUAUGCCUCCUCGGCGCCUGUCCAAGCACGCAUCGACAUGUCAGUCUAUUUUGAACAGAUCGCGCGAGGCAUUAUUGAAUUUGGCUUUGGGAACUGCACGAGGGAUAUGCGUGCCGCGGUUCAGCAGAUCGAUAAGCAGCUACGGCUUCCGGCAACAGCAGCUGAGCUGAAGAGGAAGUUUUUGGGGAAGGAUUCGGAGGGCGUGGGGAAUGGAGGCUUUGGGUUGGCGUUGUCGCUGGUGCUAUAUAAUUGGCAAGCAUGGGGGAUGGAGAGCUGUUGUGGCAAUGAAUGGGGAUUGAGAAACUUUUGCGACUAUAUGGAAACGGAUCCGGAAACUAAUGUGACGGCUGGAGCUCAGGGCUGGGCGAAAGAAACGGGCGUCCAAUGGGUAAUCGACCGCUGGGCCCAGUGGCCAAAGCUUAUUGGGAUGGUCAACAGAUAUCUGGGCCAGAACUGUGAAGGGUAUUAUGGUACUGGCAACGACGGGACCAUCUAUUGCGAUAGGUUUGAUGCUGCACGAACAGACUCAGCAAGCAUCUCUUGGGCUUGGUUAAUUUGUAGUGAAUGGGGCUUCGUCCAAUCCGUCAACCUGGGCCCAAACCAAAUCGUAUCAAGGUAUCUAAGUCAGAAAUACGGGCAAGAUCUUUGCUACCACUACUUCCCGACUGGAGUCUCCUCGGGGUUCCUUCCGCACAAGCCGCAGGUAGAAAAGGUGAAUGGAGAGUUUGAAGGCUGGAACAUGCGCGCUUCUAACACAUUCUUUACGGGGGGUAAAUAUGACCCAUGGACCUCCCUCUCUGUACUAUCGAGCGAAAAAUGGGCUCCCCAAAACGUUGUAUCCCAUGAUAUCCCCACAUGUGGCAUGCCCACCCCACGAAACAAGAUAUUCGGAUAUCUAAUGAAGAACACUGUGCAUUCUUUUGAUAUCUUUGGUGGCAAAAAGCAGAGGCAUUUUCCGGAAGUUAACGACGCCCUAGGUAUAUUUUCUACUGCGCUGAAGGAGUGGCUGGAGUGCUAUGACCGGAAAUACGGACUGAGCAUGUAUUGA